AUGACACCAUGCGCCUGCCACGCCGAUCAAGCGGAUGUACCGCUCACGGAGAGGGGGAGGGGCAGCCCAGCAACCUUCACGGAGCAUGCACCUGAGAGGGGCACUGGUGCGUACGCCGAUGCCGACGCCGACAAGAUCGGAAUCGACCAGGUUGCGCAAAAGGACGAGCAGGGGAAGACGCGACACGAGGAAGACUCACAACUCAUGGUGAAAAGGAGAAAGAGAUAA